AUGCACCUCAUGGACAUACUCGAGCUUGCCGCCACAGGGGUUAGCAGAAUCACCGCCGAUACUCCCGGCAGUACCAUCGGGGCACGGCAUGAAUUUAGUCACGUGACUGAUCGACUGUCUCCUAUUGGUGCUUGCGGUGGACAGGGCGCGACGGGGGAACUGCCGGAGGAGUUGUGGCUCUUAGUGAUGGAGCAGGUGUCGUCAGUGGAGGAUCUGGCUGUUCUACGCCGGGUGUCGCGGACGUGUCGAGAUGCGGUGGAUGCGUUGUUCAUCAAGAACUGGGUGCAGCGGCUCCCGGUUGGGGAGCAAUUCGCGGCGAGUUUGGGCGCGGGUCUGUGGAUCCUACAGCGCCAUGCGAAUGUGUUCGUGGACGAAGGCGUGUCGGUCGUAUUGCGCGUGGCGAAGAACGAGACGGUGGCGUGGCUGACGCGGGGCUUCGAGGGACGGCGUCCGAAGUGUGUGCGGAAGGACUGUGAAAUAUGUAAUGGAGAUACUUGCGAGGAAGAAUUUGUUUCGCGCAAGCCAUAUCUUGUGGUUCAGACGGCGGGCGCGACUGAGUGGGAGGACUGGUUUUUUACGGAGCUGGAGGCGGAGGCGUUGUCGGUAGUGCAACAGGGGCUGCCCCGAAUUAGCCAGAGGGGGCCGUUUCACGACUGUGCUGCACCCAGUUAA